AACUCCGUCGUAUCUUUUACCUUGACAGGAACAACGUCUUUUAUUUUGAAGGAUUGAACUUCCACGUCUCUUGGCAGCUUCGCUUUGAAGAGGCGGCGCGCGGACAACCUGCUGGACUUUGACACAUUCCCACAUCUCGGGGGACCGUCUGCAGUCAUGACGGACGCGUGGGCCUCUGUGGCGGUGCUGUGCGCUGCGGUCCUCCUCUGUGAGACGCUCCGGCGCGUGGGGGCGCGUGUCCUCACGGGGGCUGGCUGGAUUUACCUGCUGGAGGCGGUGUCCACCUUCCAGCUCUGCUGCUGCACCCACGAACUCAAGCUGCUGGGGGAGGUGGCGCAGCAGGAACCGGUGCUGGGUUUGACCCUCACCUACAUGAUGACGGUUGUCCACGUGAUGACGUUCCGGGAAGCGACGUGUAACCCCGCAGCGGCGCUGGAGAAACUUUGUCGCGGCACUUCCAGCGUCAAAGUUGCUGCGCGGGUCGUCGCGUGCCAGUUCGGAGCCGCGUUAGCCGCGCGGUUCUUCGCCCGGUCCGUGUGGUCGCUGGGUCUGUCCGACAGCCACACCCGGCACCAGAAGUUCGGCUUCAGGUGCUUCGACCCGCUCGGCGGGACUGUGCUGGAGGCGGCGGGCGCGGAGCUGGCCUGCGCCUUUGCCUUCCAGGCGGCGGUCAUGCACGCGCACAAAGUGGACGAGAAGCUCAGAGUGCACGUGAUCGCCGGUGUGGUGACGGUGGCCGUUUACGCAGUUGGAAACCUUUCCGGGGCGGUUUUUAACCCCGUCCUGGCCUUCUCUGUGCAGUUCCCAUGCGGUGGUCACUCUUACCUGGAGUACUGCUUCGUCUACUGGCUGGGACCCGCUUUAGGCAUGGCGAGCUGCAUCCUCCUCUUCGAGAAAAUCCUCCCCUUCCUGUCUGGAAGGACCGCCGCUGAGCCUGACAGACCUGAGGUCCAGAAGCAGAAGAGGCUGUGAGAGCAGCAUCUUCACUUUGGCGUUUCCUUCCUUCAAUUACAGAAUCAUUGAGCAAAUAUUUGUUCUUUAGUCCAGCAGAAGUAUAACAAAGCUGCAGGAGGAGCGGUUUCCUGCUGCCUCACAUAAGACUCCUAUUGGUUAAAAACAGUUAUCAAUAAAAAAGAAAAUCUUUAUCCCACUUUAGGAUGAAAACAAAACAGCUGCUCUUUUAAUUUGAAAGGCUGGUGUGUGGAUUUCCUCUUAAGUUAAUAAUAAAAUGUUCUUUACAUUUAUUAAAAAUCCACGAAUUAGAGGAUGAAGUCUAUUUUCUGUUCUUGAAAGUAGCAAAUGCAAUUAACAUGAAAAACUGUAACUAUCAAGUUUAAAUAAGAAAUAGAAACAUUUUGACUUGAAUUCCGUCAUGGAAGCUGAUAUUUGUGAAGCUGCUAAUCUCACACAAACCUUGAACACCAUCUAAACUAUUUCGUGAAUAUUUCAGGCUACAGCUCCGUUUUUUACAGGAAAAAAAAGUUUAAAUCCCACAAAACAGGAAGAAAACUUCAGUUUUGAUAUUACUAAAGGAAAGUAACCAUAAACUGACCAAAAUAUAUUUCACAUGAAAGUGUAACACUAUAGUAACUUGUUCUUCUGUGCUGUUCAUCACUCAUGCAGCCAGGUAACUUACCAGUAAAACUUUAGAUUCAAUACGGGUGAUGUCACAAAAUCCUUAAGAAAUGAUCAAAAACAGUUUUUGAUGACUGUGAUUGCAGUUUUAAAGGGUUUUUGCCUUUUUUAUCUAAUUAUAUCUGAGUCUGACUGAAAUGACCAAAACUUUUUGUCUACAUUUCUCUGUUUUUUCCUGUAUUCUGUGAAAACGGCGCUCUACUAAGCAAUAAAAUCAAUAGACGGAACACCUCAGUGAUGAAAUGAUUGUAUUUUUAAUAUAAAAUGGUUAAUUUUUUUACCUUUUCUGCUUAAUCUGUACAUAAACUUUUGCACUUUGUAAUUAAAAUGAAGUUGUGAUACUGUUUUAAAGAAAAUCGAAUAAAUAAAUCAUUACAAGUGACA